CGGUACCUCGUGUAUAGCGUUAAGUUUCAGGUAUUACAGAGGGCUUUUGAUUCCCGUCGCCACCCGGUUAACAACAAACAAAUCGAGACAAACAAACCGAGACCAAGUAGGCCGCAAAAAAUUGUUUAGGAUAGAGAGCGUGGAUCGCGAUAAGAAGACCUUCUGAGUGUCUGCCGCCUGUCAGUUUACGAUACAGCGUCCUCGAUGCCGCGUGCGCUUAGUAGCUAGAGCUAGCAGCAGCAGUGAACCCCGGUUAAGUGAUCUGAAUUUGAAUCCCAUUGUUGCUUCGUUACGGGCAAAUUAGUUUACUUACAGCAGCUUAAGCUCUACGUGCGUGCAUGUGUGUACCUUCUUCACUUCAAGCAUAUCUCGAGUGCUGGACGUUCCGGACGUGACUCUCGUGAUCUUUGUGUCUUGUCGCCUGUCGUCGAUGAUCAUGCCGAAACAUCCCAGGCACAAAGCUAAAGCCGCCUAUAGGAUCAACGACGGGCACUUCGCCUAGCGACCCUUGAAGGUUGUUGAGCCGCACACGCGCCUGAUCCAAAACAGCCACACAGCCACACACACGAGGAGAUGUUAUUAGCAGUUUUUAAUUUACACAACUGAAUUAAUCGGGAACAAAGUUGCAAUUUAGAAGAAGCGCCAAAACGAAAUAAAAUUAUAUUUUACUACACCUGCCGUCUGUCUUCCUGUGGAUGUAUCGAAUUUGUUGUUUUGAUGUUGACGAGUUUGUAGUGGAGCCAGCCAGCUAGUUAGGAACCGUUAGGGAACAAAAAAACGGGCUUCCAUUUUCGUUUCGGGGUGCGUAUGUAUAAAAGCAACCCACAGGAUCCGAGCCAUGUAUUCGCUUAGUAGACGUGUGGUGAUGAUGGUGACUGGAAGUGUAGUAAUUUCGCUGCUCGUGGCCGUAACGGUUUUCGGGGUUUACGGUGCCCCGGCUGAACAACAGGAAGCGCUCAGCUCGGUGGAGGAGGAGAUCGACGAUCUUUCCCUGGACAGCGAUCACCGAUUUUCGAGGGAAUACAAACUGAAGCAGGUCCAUGUGUUUUUCCGCCAUGGACAGCGCACACCCGCAGAUACCUAUCCAAAAGACCCUCACGUGAACGAGACUUUCGCGCCCUACGGCUGGGGACAGUUGACCAAUUUUGGCAAGAGAACUCUGUACGACAUUGGAUCCUGGUUGAGACACCGCUAUCCGAAAUUGAUCGGUAAACUGUACUCGUCGGACAGAAUCUUCGCGCAAAGUACCGGCGUCUCGAGGACACAGAUGUCGAUCGAGCUGGUGCUGGCUUCACUUUACCCACCUCAAGGAACCGUCCAGGAGUGGAACUACGAUCUCAACUGGCAACCUAUCCCCUAUUUCAGCGAACCGCUGGAUCAAGAUACGCUACUUCUAGUCAGGACAUCCUGCCCUCGGUAUCACGAAGUGGCCACCGCCGUACUCCAGAGUCAGGAAGUUAAGAAAAUAAUUAACGACAAUAAAGAUCUAUUCAAAAACCUCACUGAUAUCACCGGGUUGACCAUUGCAACACCCGACGACGUUCAAUCUCUGUACAGUACGCUGCGUGCAGAAUCUGAAUUUGGCCUAACGCUUCCGCAGUGGACGAAAGACUACUAUCCGGAGAAGUUGCUGCCCCUUACGAAGCUGAGCUACAUUCUCAAUGUUUACAAUGACGAAAUGAAAAAGCUUAAAGGAGGUCCAUUCCUCAAGAAGACCCUCGCGGAAUGGGAUGCCGUCAUAGCUGAUGAAAAUAACCCGAAAAACAAAAAAAUAUAUCUCUACGCCGGACACGACUCAACCGUCGUCAACAUCCUGUCGGCUUUCAAUGUGUGGAAGGAACAAUUCCCCAACUACGCCAUCAUGGGUCUGCUGGAGCUGCAUCAGCACCGCAGAACCGGAGAGUUUGCUGUACGCGUGGUCCAGAAGAAUGUUGGCGAACUACCGAAGGCCCUGACCAUUCCCGGUUGCACCCAGUACUGCCCGGUGAAGCAGCUCAAAACUCUGCUGGCUAGCCACGUUCCGGUCGAUAUGAUCCAAGACUGCAAGGCCCACAACGACGGCUUCGAAGAACCACCACCAAGGGGACCAUGAAUCUCAGUAAUUUAGUCCUAGUGACCUGUAGACCGUAACGUAACUUAUGAUGUUUUUAAUGAAUAAUGACACAAAAUAAAGUAGGGCGUAGAAAACCCUUUUUCCAUGUGAUUUGUAAA